GUGUGUGAAGAGAGAAAGAGAGAAAGAAAGAAAGAAUUUAUUCAGGAAGAAAAAAGAAAUCAAGUCGCCUAACUUGAGAAGCUUCCAGGGAGGCACCCUGUAAGAAAAUCACAGCCCACGCCUUUACUAUUUUUCUUUCUCUCUCUCUCUCUUUCUCUCUCUGUCUAGUCUCUCCCUUCCCAAGGUCAACAACAAGAGGAAUUUUGCACUCUUUGAAACGUCCAUGGGGCAUCUAGUUCGGUGUUAGAGUCUUGUUAGUCAAACAAGAAUGCACCGACGACCGUCAUUGUAUAGAGAGCUGCCCUUACCCUUGUGUUGUUUCUCUUGGGUCUCUCUCUCUCUUUGCUUUUCUGCAUAAUCCCAGCCCUAGCUAGAAAACAUCAGACUUAAUUAAAAUCUUUCUUCUUAGAAACAAGAAGAAGAAGAAGAAGAAGAAAGAAGGGUUGGUCCCUCUUUAAUUUGUUUCUUUUUCCUAAUCGGGUCACUUCAAAUCUUGCAGAUCCAGUGAGAGGAAGGUGAAAUUGGUGGGUGAGAAACAUGGAUUUGGGUUCACAUAGAGAAGGGUUUUCCUGUGAAGAAGGUCAGGAGAUGAUGAGAGGUAAGCUCCCUUUCUCCUUCUACUCCUCCUCCUCCUCCUCUUCCUACGAAGUCGGCGGCAAGCUGAUGAUGGAGUCCUCCCCGAGAAACGAGGACGAAUCCCAGGGCAUCAACGUGAUGGAGAGAGAGCACAUGUUUGACAAAGUAGUGACUCCCAGCGAUGUGGGAAAACUGAAUCGCCUUGUAAUCCCAAAGCAGCACGCCGAGAAGUACUUCCCUUUGGACUCCUCCGCCAACGAGAAAGGCCUCCUCCUUAACUUCGAGGACAGAAAUGGAAAGCCCUGGAGAUUCCGCUACUCUUACUGGAACAGUAGCCAGAGCUACGUCAUGACCAAAGGCUGGAGCCGCUUCGUCAAGGAGAAGAAGCUCGAUGCCGGAGAUAUCGUGUCCUUCCAGCGUGGCCUCGGCGACCUCGGUAGAGAUCGUCUCUACAUUGAUUGGAGGCGCCGCCCCGACGCCCCCGACCCCAUGGCUUCGCUUCCCAAUCUGUCUCAUCCUUACUUUUCCUUCCACCGCCCCAUCCCCACGCAGUGGAGUAAUGCCAAUAAUGCUCCUAAUUUGCUAAUGCGGCCGAGGGACCACUUGCACUUGAAUAUCAACAACAACAACAAUGUCAAUCAUCAUCCUCAUCAUCCUCAUCAUCCUCAUCAUCCUUACCGCAACAGCUACGGCACUAGUACUGCUGCUUGCUGUAAUUACAUGGUAAACCCCCCUUCACUGAUUUACCUGAGAUCCGCGGCAGCACAACAGCAACACCACCACCAAGAGCAACAACAACAACUACUGCAGGUGCGGAGUAGGGGGGUUGAGCCACCGGUGGUGUUCGAGUCGGUGCCGGUGGUACAAGGGAAAGUUGCAGCAAAGAGAUUGAGGCUAUUUGGGGUAAACAUGGACUGCCCCAUAUCGGAAUCGGAUGCAUGCGAUGUCAUAUUGUCGUCCACCUCAAUAGCUCCCCAUGCUACUAUGGCGGCUUUGCAGCCUUCCGGCCAAUCAGGUCUCCAAUUGAGGCCCUACAACGGCACACCAAUGCCAACCGUGCCCACCGACUUGCUCAAUAAAGGGAAGGCAUCCAUGUCCUUGGAUUUCAACAUCUAAGAGAUCGAGAAAUUAAGCUGCAGGCACCCAAAAAGAUCCAUCCUUGAUUGAUUGGCUUUAAUUCGAUAACUAGUUUGUUUGUUAAUGCUCAUGAUGAAGAGUGUGAAGACCCACAAAAAAAAAAAAAAAUGCCAGGAUUUUACACCAUUUUGGAUUUUAAUUCAGAAGGCACCGGCCGGUGGUGGGUUUUGAAGGAUUAGCUACCUAGCGCUAGCAGCUAGCAUAAGCAAGAGGCCCUUGGAGAUAGAGAAGUCGUCACACUCUCACUAUAUCCAAUUGUCUUCUUUUUAUUAACUUUGUAUAAAACAUAUUUAUGAUACAUAACCAAAAAAAAAAAAAAAACAUAUAUAUAUAGAUAAAUAUUAUAUAUUGGAUGAAGAGGUAGAUCAUCAUUGCCAGAGAUUUGUAGGGCCUUGUUUCCCCAAUAUGUAUCCCAUCCAUGGCUUGUCACUGAAAUAUUAUUUCCGAACGUCUUUUUAUUCUC